AUGGGGUCGCCGGUGAUGUGGAGAGAAUAUGGUGGCCGAUGGUGGCACGACGGCGGCGCCGGAGCACAAAGGCCAUGUGGCUUGAAGCCUUGCGUGGAGGCUCAACGCAGAGCGAGAGGGGCUGAAAACGGAGGGAUGAGGUCGCCGGCCGGUGGGGAGAAGAAUGGGAGGCGCAUUUUGAGUGCCUCCUCUAUUUCAAGUCAAUUAUCUACUAUUGAAACUUUGACUGGGAAUAAUUAUGUGAGAUGGAAACGAGAUGUAGAAAUUGCUCUUGGUCUUUUGGGAUUGGAUUUUGUCCUAGAAGACCAACCUUCAAAACCUACUGAUAAGAGUACUGCCGAAUAUGUGGCUGAAUAUCAAGAGUGGGAUAGGGCAAACAGACUUUGUCUAAAGAUUAUCAAGCGUUCUAUAUCAGAUUCCAUUAUGGGAGCUAUUCCAGACAGUGAUAAUGCUAAGCAAUUUUUGGGUGCCAUAGGACAAAGGUUUGUUGAAUCCGAUAAAGUUGAAACUGGAGACCUGAUGGAUAGAAUGAUGAGUAUGAAAUAUGAUGGUUCUAGUGGAGUUAGGGAGUAUAUUAUGAAAAUGAUACAUAUAUCCUCUAAGCUAGAAGCCCUCAAAAUUCCCAUUGCUGAACCUUUUCUGGUUUAUCAUGUUCUUAAUAGUCUUCCUAGCCAGUUUAAUCAGCUAAAGGUAGCUUACAAUGCUCAGCGAGAUAAAUGA